CCUGGAGGGACGUAGAAUACUCCAGAAGCUGCCAUAGAAGUAGCACCAAACUUUUCCCUUCCCAUGGCGGAUGGAAGGUCCUAGAACUCGCUCCUACAGGUCGUAUAUAAACCCCACUCCCCUCUCCCCAUCAUACGAUCAAAUCAAACGAAAUCUCUCUCUCUCAAAGCGAAUUCACAAUUUCACACAGAUCAAUUCUCUAAAGCGUCUCCGAUUCACGCAAGCUUAAUCGUUAAUGGCGGAAGUUCAGAUGGCCGAGGCGGAGACCUUCGCCUUCCAGGCGGAGAUCAACCAGCUGCUCAGCUUGAUCAUCAACACAUUCUACAGCAACAAGGAGAUUUUCCUGCGAGAGCUCAUCAGCAAUUGCUCCGAUGCUUUGGAUAAGAUCCGGUUCGAGAGCUUGACUGAUAAGAGCAAACUCGAUGCCCAGCCGGAGCUCUUCAUUCGCCUUGUUCCUGACAAGGCCAACAAGACGCUCUCCAUUAUUGACAGCGGUAUCGGCAUGACCAAAGCAGAUCUGGUGAACAAUUUGGGUACGAUUGCAAGGUCUGGCACCAAGGAUUUUAUGGAAGCGUUGCAGGCUGGGGCUGAUGUGAGCAUGAUUGGUCAAUUUGGUGUGGGUUUCUACUCUGCUUACCUCGUUGCGGAGAGGGUUAUUGUGACCACCAAGCACAAUGAUGAUGAGCAGUACAUCUGGGAAUCUCAAGCUGGUGGCUCGUUCACUGUUACUAGGGAUGUAGAUGGAGAACCGCUUGGAAGGGGAACUAAGAUCACUCUCUUCCUCAAGGAGGACCAGUUGGAGUACUUGGAGGAGAGGAGACUCAAGGACCUCGUGAAGAAGCAUUCUGAGUUCAUUAGCUACCCAAUCCACCUGUGGACUGAGAAGACAACUGAGAAGGAAAUCAGUGAUGAUGAGGAUGACGAGCCCAAGAAGGAAGAAGAAGGUGAUAUUGAGGAAGUUGAUGAGGAAAAGGAGAAAGAAGGUAAAAAGAAGAAGAAGAUCAAGGAGGUCUCUCAUGAAUGGCAGCUCGUCAACAAACAAAAACCACUCUGGCUGCGGAAGCCAGAAGAGAUCACCAAAGAGGAAUAUGCCUCUUUCUACAAGAGCUUGACCAAUGACUGGGAAGACCACCUUGCCGUUAAACAUUUCUCUGUUGAAGGUCAGCUUGAAUUCAAGGCCAUCCUCUUUGUUCCAAAGAGGGCACCCUUUGAUCUCUUUGACACCCGCAAGAAGAUGAACAACAUCAAGCUGUACGUCAGGAGGGUGUUCAUCAUGGACAACUGCGAGGAGCUCAUCCCCGAAUACCUUGGAUUCGUGAAGGGUGUUGUGGACUCUGAUGAUUUGCCACUCAACAUUUCCCGGGAGACCUUGCAGCAGAACAAGAUCCUCAAGGUGAUCAGGAAGAACCUUGUCAAGAAGUGCAUUGAGAUGUUCAAUGAGAUUGCCGAGAACAAAGAGGACUACAACAAGUUCUAUGAAUCAUUCUCCAAGAAUCUGAAACUUGGAGUCCAUGAAGACAGCCAGAACAGGGCCAAGUUGGCUGACUUGCUGCGAUAUCACUCGUCCAAGAGUGGGGAUGAGCUGACAAGCCUGAAAGACUAUGUCACCAGGAUGAAGGAGAAACAGAAAGACAUCUACUACAUCACCGGAGAGAGCAAAAAAGCUGUUGAGAAUUCACCUUUCCUGGAACGUCUCAAGAAGAGAGGCUAUGAAGUUCUGUUCAUGGUUGACACCAUAGAUGAGUAUGCAGUUGGUCAGCUUAAGGAGUACGAUGGCAAGAAGCUGGUGUCUGCAACCAAGGAAGGUCUCAAGCUGGAAGAGGAGGAUGAAGAAGAGAAGAAGUCACGGGAAGAGAAGAAGAAAUCCUUUGAGAGCCUUUGCAAGGUCAUCAAAGACAUCCUCGGUGACAAGGUCGAGAAGGUGGUGAUAUCUUAUAGGAUCGUCGACUCUCCCUGCUGCUUGGUGACUGGGGAGUACGGAUGGACUGCGAACAUGGAGAGGAUCAUGAAGGCCCAGGCACUGAGAGACACCAGCAUGGGCUCUUACAUGUCCAGCAAGAAGACGAUGGAGAUCAACCCUGACAAUGGCAUCAUGGAGGAGCUGAGGAAGAGAGCUGAGGCCGACAAGAACGAUAAGUCUGUGAAGGAUCUGGUUCUCCUCCUGUUUGAGACUGCGCUGCUCACAUCUGGGUUCAGCCUCGAUGACCCGAGUACUUUUGGGGCCAGAAUUCACAGGAUGCUGAAGUUGGGUCUCAGCAUUGACGAUGAAGAAGCUGCUGGUGAUGAAGAUGCAGAGAUGCCUGCUUUGGAAGAAGCUGGGGAGGAAAGCAAGAUGGAAGAGGUUGACUAAGGAGCAGGGGAAGCAUAUGAUGAAGUAUUCAUUUUGUCUGUCUCUGUUUGGGUCUUUGGUUUUUUUUCUUUUUUUUCUUUAAAUGUUCAUUCUCUAUAUGUCUCUAGUUGAGUCCGGUGUCUGAACUUUUAUCCGCGUCUGUUUUGUGUUCAAGCAUCGAGGUUUUAAUAUUAAUGGUGUUUUGGGGACAAAUUUCUUCCUAUUUGCUAGUUACAGAGUAUUCUCAUGAUUAACACGUCGCCUUUCAAUAUUUUAAUUGGAGAAGAAAAAACAUUGAACUGCCUC